GGCCUCUUCCCUCCUCCCCGUCGACCGUCGUUCCCUCCCGCCCUCUCGCUGGCGGCCGGCGAUGGGCGGCGCCGCGAAGCCGCCCCCGCUCGUCUGCUUCAAGUGGCCGUGGGGGCCUAACCCCACCCCGUCGCCGGACCCCGGCCCGAGCCCCUGCGGGGACCUCGAGCUUCCCUGGCUCUUCAAAUCCAUCCGCACCCUCGCGCAGGGCCUCGUCAUCGCCGGCGACCUCCCUUCGCCCCCCGCCUCCGCCGCCUCCGGGGGAGGCGGAACGAGGAGAAGGAGAGGGUGGGGGAGCCCCGGGGCCGCGCAGGUGGAGGCGGACCGCGGGGACACGGAGCAGCGGGCGCUGGCGGCGGCGCUGGCCAGCGGGAGGCCCGCAACGGUGCUCGAGUUCUACUCGCCGCGGUGCCGCCUCUGCGCGUCGCUGCAGGGGUUCGUGCGGGAUUUGGAGGAGCAGGCCGGUGGGUCGGCUGGGUUCGUGCUCGCCGACGCCGAGGACGACCGGUGGAUGCCAGAGCUUCUGCAUUACGAUAUCAGAUACGUCCCUUGCUUCGUGCUCCUGGACAAGCAUGGCAGAGCUCUAGCGAAGACUGGGGUACCAACCAGCAGGCAGCAUGUCAUCGCCGGCCUCCAUCACCUCCUGAAGAUUGAGCAACCAUCUGGGCAUGAAGGAAACCGGAGCGCCCCUCCAUCGUGAACAUGGAGCCAAAUUCUUGAUCAAGACCUGUAAUGGCAAAUAAAAAUAUCAGAAUGUGCAUUUUGUUUGGCAAGCGUGGAAAUGAGCAACAUUGGUACUUAAAUUCUUUAGCCGAUUUGUAUAUUUACUAGGUGCAAAAGCAGCUGAUCUUUUUUCUUUUUCAUUUUGGAGCUGUAGUGAUCAUAGCUCGAUAACAUUAGCAUUAAAAAUAAAAAUAGUCAAGAGAUGUGAUGAUUUCUGCUUCA